GCGGCUUCGGUUUUCCUCCGUAAAUUAGGCACAAUUUGUAACCCAGUGUUUGUAUUUUCUUAGUUUUCAUGUAUUACUCGAAGCCUAGUUGUGUUGAGGGACAGGCCACUGUUUGUUUUGUGUGAGUUGAGAAUGCGGUGUACAUGCCCCGCCUAGCUUGUCACACCCGAGGAGGGGGGAUUAGGAAGAUGUGGUUGAUUCGUGUGCAGAUGGACUGCGACAGACAGCAAUGGGCAUGGUGGUGAUAUCUUUCAAGGGGUUUCAACAUCCAAGAAGCGCCAUCACAUGCAAAAAUGUGAAGCUGGUACCUCGUGUUAACAUGGAGACACAUGACGGGCUGCUAUUCUUGUGCUGUGGUUGCUGGACGUGAAAAAGGAAAGGCGUUGAUAAUACACGGCGAGAGUAUUUGGUACGACAGGCUCGGAGAAAAUGUUGUCGGGAGGAGAGCGAUGUCUGUCGAUCGGUUUUAGGUAGUGUUUCCUACAUUGUCCCAAGUGAAGCCGAAGAUAUUUUACUUAGACCCAAAAACCGAGGGAGAAAUGUAUUUCCAGUAGUGUUCUCACUGACCAGAAGAGGUUAUAAUAGCUCCUACCGCAAUUUUGUACGCGUUACUACGCCGGGCAUCUUUCCUUUUUUAGGUCAAAACUGCCAAGACUUCAUACUUUGUGCGUUUCAUGCGAACGCCAUCUCAUCUUUUGGAGUGGUUACGCGAGGAAGACAAGCAAGGCGUGAGUUUCCUUCCCUUGGUAUACAUUUGCUUUCGGGUUCAUGUUUCCUGUUAGUCUCGAAAGGCCCCCUUGGUUGUACGCACAGGGUCCUCCUUACCGUUGCUUGCUGCUGUUCUGUUGCUGCUGCAAGCCACGAAGAGGGGGGGGAGGGGACCUCGCGAUGGGCAAGAGGGAUUCCAAGCCAUCACCGCAGACUAGGUCCGCGUGAAUCGUUCGUGUUGCUCGAUAUGACACCAAAACGACAGGAACCAUGUUGUUGUGCUCUUCUUGGGAACGGAGCGCCGACCUCGCGGCCCGCCCAAUCUCUUGCAAGAUAGAUAUGAGUCGGCUCCUAGCCCAUCCGUCUCUUGGUGAGUCAGUCAUUCUUGUCGUAUGGGCGCGCAGGGGAUUGUCGGCGCUGGGGUGCGUGACUUCGCGGCGGACACGUGGGAGUACGAUCGCAAGGUAGGGUCUCGCUGAUAAGGUAUACAUUCCCAUCACGCCUGGCACUAGGACGAGGUCGUCGAAACCGGCGGUGUCGUCGUUUCGGAGCGGUUUUUUUGUUUUGUGUACGCGCGGUGUCGUAAGUCAUGUGCGUUUACAACCGCUUGCCGUGUGUGCGCCAGCAGCGCGUAGUAGAACGCUUUAGGAAGUUUUUGUCAGCCUCUCGUUGUCUCUUAUCUUUCUCUCGGAGGCGAAGAAGGCGUUCUGCGUUUGCUACACACGAAUGCCCCUUCCUGGCAAGCAGUGUCGAUGAGUUCUUGUCGGUUCGGACGAGGGGAAGAGAGAUUGUGCCACAGAGAGCAGUAGACCCGUGCCCUUUCGUCAUUUUCAAUAGAGGGAGAUGGUCGGCUUUACAAGUAGCUUUUUUUAUGGAUUUGUGGAUGAGACAUUUUGGGCCACGUAUAGUCUUGUGUCUAGUCUCGGAGCAACGCGUAGAUAGGCGCCUAAAACAUGCUUCCGCUCUGGGCCACAAAGGAGACGAACAACAUU